CAGAGCACAAAAGGAGGGGCUUGCAUUCUCGUCGUCCAGUUGCCAGGAUGUUUCACAUCAACCUGACGCCUGACAUGGAUUCAGUCUCUGCCACAAGCCGGUCUCCUGUUGUCGGGACACUGUGCCAGAAGACGCCAGAAGAUGAGGCGAGCUCUCCAGCCUCCUCCUCCUCCGAGAGCAACGCAAAGGACGUCUGCCAGAGUGUUGAAGACACUCCAUUUGUGCCGACAGUCACUGCGAUCUCCUCCACCCCAGAUUUUCAGUGGAUGGUCCAGCCUACGAUUAUCACAUCCAUCUCCCCGUCUCUGGGAAGCAACCAAGCCAAUGAACCCCAAAGCGCCCAUCAGACAACACCCAAAGCAGGCGGGAAUAAGGGGAAAAAUGCUGCCAGAAAGGGGAAACCCGAGCAGCUCUCUCCAGAGGAGGAGGAGAAAAAGAGGGUGAGGAGGGAGAGGAAUAAAAUGGCUGCAGCAAAGUGUCGCAACAGACGGAGGGAACUCACAGAUACACUGCAAGCUGAGACAGACACGCUGGAAGAGGAAAAAUCAGCCCUGGAGACAGAAAUAGCCAACCUCCUGAAAGAGAAAGAGCGCCUUGAAUUCAUCCUCGCCACUCAUAAACCGCUGUGCCAAAUGUCAGAGGAGCUCGAGGUGAUUUUCCAGGAGCCCGCAGCGUCCAUGGAGCUGUCAUCCGGUCCAGACGUGGACAGACCUCCAGAGGACGGCGCCCAGGAAGCCCCUUCACUCCAGGACAUGGACGUCUCCAGUGAUCCGUCCACAGCCAUCUCUGGGAACUCCAACAUCCUGCUGUGUGCCAGUGCUGAAAUCAACAUCUGCGACCUGGAGCCCUCUCUGGACAUGAAGGAGGGGCUGCUGGACAGCAUGUUACCCAGUUUGGAAGAGAAGACUCCCAUGGAGACGGCUCGGUCCGUGCCAGACAUAGACCUGAGCAGUUCACUCGGGCUCUCCGACUGGGAGACCCUGUACAAAUCCGUGUCGAGCGACCUGGAGCCUCUCAGCACUCCCGUGGUGACCUCCACCCCCACGUGCAGCAGCUACCUGUCCAUGUUCACAUUUGCUUGUCCCGAGCUGGACUCUGUCCCAGAGGGACUGGACAGCCAUAAAAGUGGAGGAGGGGCCAAAGCCGAGUCCGUCGACAUCCUCAACUCGCCGACUCUCCUCGCUUUAUAAUGUCUCGGAGGCAGAUUAGCUCCCUGAUCUCUCUGCUUCUUCUUCUGUUCGCAGGUUCCCUGACUCUGAACGCCACAGUGUGCGCUGUUAACACUUCGAGCACCACAUUCACAAAGCGUCUUGUGUGUGUGUGUGUGUGUGUGUGUGAACUCUGUCCAGAUGCAUAACCAAACACAGCGAUGUAGCUGAAAGCAUGGCUUUUAUUCACACUAGAGGGACCGGAAGAGUCGGUGUUGUUUUUUUUUGUUGUUGUUUUUUUAAAAAAAACAAACAAAAACAAAACAAAAGCAUGCUGAGGAAUUCCAAAAUAACUUUAAGAGCUCAUAUUUAUCUGAUCUGCUCCUAGAUCUAACGGCGUAAUGUGGAACCUAAAUGUUAUGGUAUGGUUUUGUGCGUUUUUUGGUGUCAAUGGUGUGCAUUAAUUACUGUAAAUGUUGUAUUUUACAUAUGCAUCCAUGUUAACGUACCUCCAUACCUCAAUGUCAUCAGCUGUGGUUUGACCUCAUUGUUACAAUGUUGAAAGUUUUCCAUGAAAACAUCUAGUGCUAUAUAUAUACAAAUAUAUAUAUAUAUAAAUAUACAUACUGUGUAUCUUAUCAAGAUGUAACUUAUGGUUUAUUUUUUUACCUUUCAGAUUUUGACUUAUUUGUUAAAAUUUCAGAAAAAUACCUAAAAUGAGCAUUUGAUUGCUUAUCUAUGCUGCUGAAUACUGAACAAUAAAUCGACAGUCAGAGUGUUUGUUUGGC